AUGGCCGCAGAGGGAGAACCUGUCGUCGCGCCUACGAGGCCGACGACGGGAGAUGUCAGCUCGAAUUCGGGCAGCGAUUCCGAAGGCUCUGGCGCCAAGUUCAACGAGCAGACAAACUAUGUCCCGAGGAGCACCAUCAUCACGAUAUUCCUGGCCUGUGCCAGCGUGGACUUGGUCGCUUUGAUGGACCAGACCACCCUCGCCGCCAGUUUGUACAUUAUCGGCGCCUCUUUUGGCUCCACGAAGGAAGUUUCCUGGAUCGCCAGCGGUUACUUCAUCACCUCCACGAUUGGUCAAUUGAUUUACGGUCGGCUGUCCGAUAUCUGGUCGAGAAAGGUCGUCCUGCUCACCGGGCUCGCCAUCUUCUUCUUCGGUUCCCUCGCCUCGUCCCUCGCCCAGUCGGUCCUCCAGCUCACCGUCUUUCGCGCCUUCACCGGUAUCGGCGGCGGCGGCCUCAUGACCGUCGCCCAGCUCAUCGUCAGCGAUGUCGUGCCCCUGAGAGAGCGCGGCAAGUACCAGGGUAUUCUUGGUGCUGUUGUCGCACUGGCAAACGGCAUCGGUCCUGUUAUUGGAGGCGCCCUUUCGUCCAAGUCCAAGGAAUCAUGGCGCUGGAUCUUUCGCCUCAAUCUGCCAUUGACUAUCCUGACGACGUGCUGUGUUGUCUUCAUCAUGCCACUGAAGAGGGUGCAAGGAGAUUGGAGAGUUAAACUAAAGGCGGUCGAUUUCAUCGGCAUCGCCCUGUCCUUUGCCGGCAUGAUUGCCAUCAUUCUUGGUCUCACCUGGGGCGGAAGCGAGUAUCCCUGGAAGUCCGCGCCUGUCAUUGCCUGUCUUGCCGCCGGCGCAGCCAUCUGCGUCGCCUUUGUCCUUUGGCAAUGGAAGGGCCCUGAAUACCCUCUCGUGCCUUUACACAUCUUCAAGUCCAAGAUUGUCAACGGUGCUUGCCUGACAAUGAUGAUCAACGGAUGGAACUUUGUCAUGCAAGUCUACUACGUGCCUACCUUUUACCAGCUCGUCUACGGCUACUCAGCCACCAAGUCCGGCGCCCUCCUGCUGCCCAUCACCAUCGUGCAGACCGUCAGCAGCACCGCGUCCGGCCUUGUCGUCCACUGGGUGGGCAGGUACCGAGAGUGCAUCCUGUUCGGCUGGCUGUGCUGGGCCAUCGGGCUCGGCCUCAUGUCGACGCUGAACGAGCACACUGGCCUUGACAAGCAGAUUGGCUACUCCGUCCUGAUCGGCAUCGGCGUCGGAAACACCAUGCAGCCGGCCUUGAUUGCCGCACAGGCUGGCGUCUCAAGACGCGACAUGGCCGUGGCCACGUCCUUUAGAAACUUCAUUCGCAACGUCGGCUCAACCAUGGGCUUGGCCGUCUGCGGCUCCAUCAUCAACAAUGUCCUGAGAAAUGCCAUUUCGCAUCUUGACCUAGGUGAUGAAGCCUUGAAGGAUCUCCUGCGAAACCCACGCACUUACACAGACACGCUGUCCUUUGAGCAGGCUGCCGCGGUCCGCGCUGUGGUCAUCCCCGCCUACAAGAGAGGAUUCCGCAUCAUCUUUCUUGUCGGGGCGGGACUGGCAGUUUUGGGCUUCCUCCUCGCCUUUGUCUUGAUGCCCCAGAUUUCCCUGUCCCGACCAGACGAUGAGAAGCUUAAGGAGGAAGGCCGCAAGGCCCACGAGGCCCGUAAGCAAAAGAGUAAGGCUUGA